CGGCGGAAAACGCCUCUCGUUGUUCUUCCUGUCCCACCAAACAGCAUGGCGAACUUGGAGCAUGCUGAAGACGACCCAAAACAUGUGAAAAUGUCCGGAGAAAGCCCCGCUGCGUGCGACCCGGACCAGCCGACCGACGGGCCUCCCUACCCGGGUAAAGACGUCGUCCCGUCCGCCAUCCCUUCGUUCGCCGCGGCCUCGGAGCUGCUGUCAGCGCCGUACUCGUGUCUGGUGAGGAGCACGCACCGGAGACACGUCGUCCUGCCGCCCAAAUACCUGAAGAAGAAGCGGACAGGUAUCCAGGAGGAGCUGGAGGCAGAGCUGCUCAGGUUCUCUCAGAGACUGAACGGAGUACUUUUAGCUUACGAGAACAUCAGGAUAGUGGGCCAGCAUGGAGACAUUUACGACGACAGCGGCUACAUCCACAUGGACAUAGAAGCAAACUUUAUUGUAUUUCAGCCCAAAAAAGGACAAAAACUACUGGGGAAGGUGAAUAAGCUCGGAAUGAGCCACGUGGGCUGCCUGGUGCACGGCUGCUUCAACGCCAGCAUUCCCAAACCAAACCUGGUCUCGGUGGAAACCUGGAGGGAUGCAGGGCCGAGGAUCGGAGCAGAGCUGGAGUUUGAGGUGACUGCACUCGAUGCUGACGCUGCAGGAGUGCUGCUGAUCAGAGGACGGAUGGACAGGACCAGGGUGCAGGAGCUGCUAGCUAUGGGUGAAACCUCCGAAUCCGGUGUUCCUGAAGAUCAGACAGAACCACAAGACACAGAACCAACCCCAGAACCAACUCAGGAUUCUCCUGAUGGCACGCCCAAGAAAAAGAAGAAGAAGAAGAAAGUCAAAGAGGAGGAGAUGGAAGAAGAGAUAACAUACAUAUCGUCAGCGCUCAACGGAACAGAUGAGACGAACGGCGAUGAAGCCGGUGAGAAAAAGAAGAAGAAAAAGAAAAAGGAUAAACGUCUAAAAGAAGAGGAGAACGAGAUGGAGCUCUCUCGAGUGGAGGUCCACGGGAGCGACUCCAGCGGUUAUGUUAGUGACAAGCCAAGCAAGAAAAGGAGGCAUGAAACUGUCAAUGAAGACACGUCGGGUUUUAGUGAAGAGCCUGAACCAAAAAAAUCCAAGAAGAAGAGGAAAAGUGACAUUGAACAGUUUGCCUGAAAAGUUAGCAGUGGACUGACGUUCCAUUUGGAUGAAUUGUGUUAAACAAACGAGGCGACACCGACCGUGUCAAUGGCAGCGACGGUUCUACAGGAUUAUACGAAUGUGCCUUCACAAAUAAACUCGGUUUAGAUUCUUCUGAGCCCCUUUAAAUCCAUUUAAACAGAAGAUCAAACGUGCAGGAGAGUAGAAAAACCAGAGGAUGGGAGUUGACAGGCUGUUUCUCUUUUUUUAUUGCGCUUCCUCGACACUGCCUGAUGGUGGAGCAACACUGCUUCAUACAUCCACAGCGACACACAGAUACCCCCAACUGCUCUGUUUUAUCAGUUUAAUGUGGCCAGAAGAGACAGUUUUUAAAUUCAAGCAUGAAAAGUUAGAAUUAGCCACUAUUUUUCUACAUUUUCUCACAAAAGCCUGAAAAAUGAGAUCGCCAAAUUUAAUCCAAGACACUUUUUUUAUUCAAGUCUUGAGUGAGUUGACUUGAUUUCAACCGCAUAGGUGGGAAAACAUGUUCCCACAGUAACUUCAGAAUAGUCUGCCAGUGCACGGUGACAAACAGCCAAGUCAUGAAUUGCUAGCGGUGUAUCACUCACCUCCUUUUGUCUUUGGUGGGUGUGUGUUUUUGCCUGACUGUGAACCAAAUGAAACGGGAAAUAAAUAUUUGAUUGUCAUCCCGCUUAA